GAGAGCAGAGAGUGUUCGUCCCUCAAAUUAAGCCUGUAGACCAAUGGAAAAAUGUAGCUAGGAGGGAUUUUUAAAACUCCACACCUUUUUCUCUUGUAUUUAGUGCAGAGAGGAGAGUGUCUGCUGUUUUGGCUGACAGAUCUGCACCCUGAACAGUUGGUUCAAACUUGGUUUGGGAGUCCUGGCUGCUUGUUUUAGCAUGGCGGAGCUUGGACUUCACAGAAUCCUUUUGGUUAUUUCCCUGGCAAAGUGUCUGGAGGGUACAAAACUGCUGGCAGACUUUAAAAAAUGCGGUGACUUGGAAUGUGAAACUUUAAUGAGCAGAGUCUCAGCCGUGAGCGAUUACAGAGGACCUGACUGCAGAUACUUGAACUUCACUAAAGGAGAAGAGAUAUCUGUUUAUGUUAAACUUGCAGGAGAAAGGGAAGAUUUGUGGGCAGGGAGUAAAGGAAAGGACUUCGGAUAUUUUCCCAGAGAAGCAGUCCAGAUUGAAGAAGUGUUCAUAUCUGAGGAAAUCCAAAUAGCAGCUAAAGAAUCUGACUUUCUUUGUCUUCUUGGAGAAAGCUACACAUUUGAAGAUAGUGAGUUAAACAGUGAUAAAGGUGAAAAUAUAUAUGCAUAUGAAGAAGAUAAAGACCAAAUAUUUAGUAUAUAUGAAAACGAUUUGGAGAUAGAAUCUGGAUUUUAUGCAACUUCUGAAAAUAACUGGUUUGAAGACCAAUUUCCAGCAUCAGAGGCUCCUGAAGACAUCAGAAGUACCAGUGAGCCACAAGACUGGGGAGAAGCAGAAGCUGAAAGUGUGGAACAGGAUCACAUAACAGAAGAGGAUCAUGUCUCACCAUCCUCAGCUGUGCCUGAAGUAACAGGAUGGUUUGGAUCGGGAAGUGGACAAGCUGAAGAGAAGCCUUUUGAAUCAGUUAUUGAACCUGUACAAGAAGGCUCAUUUCACAGCAGACAAAUAGCAGUGGAAGGUGAGGAUGACCAAGAGGAAUUAAAUAAUGGUGAAUACCAAACAGAGCAAAAGAAAGAACAUCCAUCAGAACUUGACUCUGUGCCAGAUAAACAGUCUGAACUUGUAUCUGAGUCAGAGCACUCUCUUAAACCUCAAGCCACUGGUUGGUUUGGUGGUGGAUUUACAAGUUAUUUAGGUUUUGGAGAUGAGGAUACAGAGCUUGAAUUGUUGUCCAAAGAAAGCGAUCCACCACUACAAGAUGUUCCCAAUUCCAUAUCAUCUGAGGAAGAAGCCACAGUUCCAUGUACAGAAAUAUUAUCUGGAAAAGAAGAUAAAAUUACCAACGAUAGCUCAGUUCUCAAGCCAAAUUGGUUUGAUUUUGGCUUUGGGCUCCUAGGCUUCGCAUAUGCCAAUGAACAUCAAAUUAUAUCAGAUGAUGGAAAAAACGAAGAUGGUGAAGAAGAUAAACGUGAACAUCCUCCAACAAGUGAAUUUGACCCUCAUAAGGAACAAGAAAUACAAAUGAUAAAAACUAUGGAAACUGAAGAUCAAAUAGAUAACGAAAGAGUCUUAGAGAAAACAGAUGAUUCUCUAACCUUGCCAUAUUUGAAAAAGUUCUUGGGUAAUUUUGACAACCCUUGGAGCUUCCAGAACAUUCCAAAGGAAACAGAAUUAUCAUUCCCCAAACAGACAUUGGAUCAAAAUACUGUAGUUGAAAAUGAUGAACCAGAAGAGGUUUUGGCUGAAAAUUAUCCCAUGGAUAAUGUGAAAGUUAUAUCGCUGGAAAGUCGAUAUAGUCAGUCAGAUAUGGUUUCUAAGAUAGAGUCAGCCAUGAGAAUUCAUGAAGAAGUACAUUUCAAAACCUCGUCUUCUAUAAAUAAUUAUGAAAAAUCAAAACCAUCAGUAGACACUGAAGGUCCUGCUCAGGUGGAAAUAGAUAGAUCUGUGGAAAAUUCCUUGCUGAAGAGUCAAAUGGUUUCAACUGCUAACUCUUUGUCUACUCAAAGUUACAUGCCUCAAGAAGAAGAUGCUCUCGAGUUUCAGAUUAUGAAAUAUUUAUUUCAAAUUGAUGUUCAUAAUUUCAUAAACUCUGCAUUUUCACCAAUUGUAAUUCUCACAGAAAGGGUUGUGGCAACAUUGCCUGAAGAUAUGAAACCAGGUCCUAAUCCUUUUGGUUUUCCCUGGGAAUUGGUGAUAUGUGCAACUAUUGUUGGAUUUUUUGCUAUUCUUUUUUUUGUGUGGAGAAGUUUUCAAGCGGUUAGAAGCUGGCUUUAUGUGGGUAGAGAGAAAAAGCUUGCUACAGAGCUUUCUGGACUAAUUGAAGAAAAAUGUAAACUGCUUGAAAAAUUUAGCCUUGUUCAAAAAGAGUAUGAAGGCUUAGAGUCAUCUUUAAAGGAUGCCAGCUUGGAGAAAGAGUCAACAGAAGCACAAAGUUUGGAGGCAAUCUAUGACAAGCUGAACAGUUCCAAAUGUAAACUUGAGGAUGAAAUACAUUGUCUAGAAAAAAAAUUAAAAGAAGAGAAAUCUAAACAUUCUGAACAAGAUGAACUGAUGGCAGAUAUUUCAAAAAGAAUACAGUCUCUUGAAGAUGAAUCAAAAUCUCUCAAAUCACAAGUAGCUGAAGCCAAAACAACUUUCAAGAUAUUUCAAAUGAAUGAAGAACGGCUUAAGAUGGCAAUAAAAGAUGCAAUGAAUGAAAAUUCUCAACUUCAGGAAAGCCAGAAACAGGUUUGUACUCAUAUAGCUGUAUGUUUAGAAGUUAUAAAGCGGUUAACAAAAGGCAUUACCCUCUCUUUCUGUUUUUCCCUUUUGGUCAAUGUCAAGUCUCUGACUGAAAGCCUGCAAAAGAUGAAAGACUGGACUGCUGUGCUUGGAGAAGACCUAAUGGAUGAUGAUAACUUGGAGUUAGAAGUGAAGAGAGACUCAGAAAGUGGUGCUCACUUAGAUAAUCAGCCAAAAGGAGCUUUGAAGAAACUGAUUUAUGCUGCUAAGUUAAAUGCUUCUUUGAAAACCCUGGAAGGAGAAAGAAACCAAAUUUACGCUCAAUUAUCUGAAGUAGAUAAAACCAAGGAAGAACUUACAGAGCAUAUUAAAUAUCUUCAGACUGAACAAGCAUCUUUGCAAUCAGAAAAUGCACAAUUUGAGAGUGAGAAUCAGAAGCUUCAACAGAAACUUAAAGUAAUGACUGAACUAUAUCAAGAAAAUGAAAUGAAACUUCACAGGAAGUUAACAGUAGAGGAAAAUUACCGGUUAGAGAAAGAAGAAAAACUUUCCAAAGUAGAUGAAAAGAUCAGCCAUGCAGCUGAAGAGUUGGAGACAUACAGAAAAAGAAUUGCUGAAGCCCGAGAGUUUGAGGUUACUGUGAACUUUUUUGUUUUAAAAAUUAUUUCCCAUGAGAAAAAAGCACACGAUAAUUGGUUGGCAGCUCGGACUGCUGAAAGAAACCUCAAUGAUUUAAGGAAAGAAAAUGCUCACAACAGACAAAAAUUAACUGAAACAGAGUUUAAAUUUGAACUUUUAGAAAAAGAUCCUUAUGCACUUGAUGUUCCAAACACAGCAUUUGGCAGAGAGCAUUCCCCAUAUGGUCCCUCACCAUUGGGUCGGCCUGCAUCUGAAACGAGAGCUUUUCUCUCUCCUCCAACCUUGUUGGAGGGUCCACUCAGACUCUCACCUUUGCUUCCAGGGGGAGGAGGAAGAGGCUCAAGAGGCCCAGGGAAUCCUCUGGACCCUCAGAUUACCAAUGAGAGAGGAGAACCCAACUGUGAUAGGUUAAUAGAUCCUCAUAGGGCCCUGUCUGACACUGGGUCUCUGUCGCCUCCAUGGGAGCAGGACCGUAGGAUGAUGGUUCCCCCACCAGCCCAAACAUAUCCUGAUCCAGCUCUUCCUCCACAACGGCAAGACAGAUUUUACUCUAAUUCUGGUAGACUGUCUGGACCAGCAGAACUCCGAAGCUUUAAUAUGCCUUCUUUGGAUAAGAUGGAUGGACCAGUAUCUUCAGAAAUGGAAUCCAGUAGAAAUGAUACCAAAGAUGAUCAUGGUAAUUUGAAUGUGCCCAAUUCAUCUCUCCUUGCUGAAAGUGAAGCAGCGGGCGCUGGCUUUGUACCUUCACCUGUUCCUCCACUGAGGGGACCAGUGUUUCCAGUGGAUCCGAGGGGCCCAUUCAUGAGAAGAGGACCUCCUUUUCCUCCACCGCCUCCAGGAAGCAUGUAUGGGGCUCCCCGAGAUUAUUUUCCACCAAGGGACUUCAUUGGUCCACCACAUCCUGCAUUUGCAAUGAGAAGUGUCUAUCCACCAAGGGCUUUUCCUCCUUAUCUUCCCCCAAGACCUGGAUUUUUCCCUCCACCCCUACAUUCUGAAAAUAAAAGUGAGUUCCCUUCAGGGUUGAUUCCGCCUUCAACUGAGCCUGCUACUGAACGUCCAGAACCACAGCAAGAAACCUGACAAUGUUUUUGCUCUCUUCAAAAGUAAUUGUGACUUCUCUCUCAUUUUCAGUUUAAGUAACUGCUGUUACUUAAGUGAUUAUACUUUUGCUCAAAUUGAAGCUUAAUGGAAUUAUAAUUCUCAGGAUAGUAUUUUGUAAAUAAAGAUGAUUUAAAUAUGAAUUUUAUGAGUAAAUUAUUUCCAUUUUAUUUUAUUCUAGAUAGUAUAAUUAUUUUAAUUUGAUUAGUCUACUACUACAUAAACAAUAAUGGGAGUUUUAUACAUGUAAUCUUACAUGUGGGGAUAUUAUAAAUUCCAAGGCUUUGUCUUUAUGCCAAGAACUGUAUUUACUGUGGUUGUAGACAAAUGUGAAAAUAACUUCAUGCUUAAUAAAAAUUUUUAGUUGGUUUAAAGACUUGUUUGGCAUUGAUAAUAAAAUCAGCUAGUUUUUC